AAAUUACAAGGUUGAUUUUGACUCUUACAUUUACCAAAAAAAAAAUAUUUAAAAAAAAAAUACGGCACUUGCCUCGUUGAAAUUCUACAUAAACCCAGCUCAGAUUGAGCUAUUCUCGACAUAUGCUUCCACCUCUCCUUCUCUCUAUACACCUUUACUACUCAUUACUCUCUCUCUCUCUCUCCCUUUUCUCAAGAACUUGAUUCAAGAAAUGGCAGAAAUACUCACAGAGGAACAGAUUGUUGAGUUCAAAGAAGCCUUCUGUUUGUUCGACAAGGAUGGAGAUGGAUGCAUUACUGUAGAUGAACUCGCAACGGUGAUCAAGUCUUUGGAUCAAAACCCGACUGAAGAAGAACUUCAAGAUAUGAUUAACGAAGUGGAUGCUGAUGGCAAUGGCACUAUUGAAUUUGCUGAAUUCUUGAAUUUGAUGGCCAAAAAAAUCAAGGAGACCGACGCAGAGGAAGAACUUAAAGAAGCUUUCAAAGUGUUUGACAAGGAUCAGAAUGGCUAUAUAUCAGCUACUGAGUUGAGGCAUGUGAUGAUCAACUUAGGGGAGAAGCUGACCGAUGAAGAGGUGGAGCAGAUGAUUAAGGAGGCUGAUUUGGACGGUGACGGUCAAGUUAAUUACGAUGAAUUUGUUAAAAUGAUGAGUACUGUGGGUUAAUAAUAAUUUUGUUGACCAUGCAAGAGCAAAUAUCUAAUUAAGUGUUUGUAUUGUCCUCUUCCAUUUGUUGUCGUAUUAGAUAAUUGACUUGUCAAUCACCAAAACGUAGAAUGACUUGAAAAGUCAUCUUUCCAUUUCUCCAAUUAUGUUUUGUAUUCUUCCAUUUUAAUGUAAUCUAAAAUUAAUUCUUAUGUCA